UACUGCAAUGUACCGACUGACGUGCGACAGCCCUAUUUACUGAAGGAGUUGUAGUUUCUUUGUAAUUUCCGUAUUUUCCGUUGUCAUACUCAUUAGAUUUGUUCGGGUGCUUUGGAGAUUCAGUGGAUUCUGAAAAGUUUCGGCAACUGGAAGUCAUAGGUUCCGCAGACUGUUGGUUCCUUCCUGGGAUUCAAGGCGAGCUAGAAGAAUUAGUUGCGCGUGUUCAGUUUUUACUACGUCCUACUUACGGAGUGAUUCGCAUUACACUGGGUAGUUUCGCUAGUCCUUACAAGAUAUCGGAACUUGGUUAUCUUGGAUAACUCCGCCAGUAUAAAAUAGGCGUUUUCCUUUUACUAUCGUGAUUCACGCCGCUGCUCACAUAAUAUUGGAGCACCAUGUUGAAGGUUGCAGUUCGUGUUUUCGUGAUCCUAACGUUGGUUACAAACUUGGUAACUUUUGUCUGGUGUCAGCAGCAUGCCAUUGGUAGGCCUUUAGGUCCCGCAGACUUGGUAAGAGCCGAGCAGAAGGUCUGCGAUGCAAGUAAUGUAGGACCAAAAUGUGCUGAUUGCAAUUAUUUAUUGACCUGUGUGGGAUCUUUCCAAGUUAACAAACAAACUUGCAGUUCCAUAAAUCCGAAGAGACCUUAUUGUCAAAAUGAUGCCUGCGUAGCAUCGACAUCUCAGCUAUGUCCUUCCAGUACCUUCAGAUGUACUUCUCGUGGCCAAUUUCCCGAUCCACUUGACUGCAGUCGUUAUUAUUUGUGUGACGGCGCUGGGACAAACAAAGCCUACGCAUACGUAUGUCCUUCCAAUUUUGUGUACGAUUCAAAAAGUGGUUUAUGCAAACGGACGACCUGCCUGACAAUCGAUUGUUCAAAAACACCAAAUAAGUAUGUAAUUUUCGGAGGAGAUCCUUCAAUUUUAGCGUACUGUCUUGACAAUGGAUCCAACAAGGAAACAAUUCUGUUUCGGUGUCCUGAUACACAAAGCAUGCAAUAUGACCCGAACACCUUGCAAUGCACUUAUCGUUGCUCGAUCGAAGGACGUUUUGCUGACAGGUUAGACUGUCGUAGUUUCUACGAAUGCUACCGUGAAGGUGGAGUAUUGCAGGCCAAACAUCAGAAGUGUCCUGAGGGAUACUCUUACGAUCAAGUGGCAGGAAUAUGUAUAAGACAAGCGAAUUGUCGAAAUGAAAUUGGAGAUAAUGGUACCGAAGAAGAUGGUGAGAGCGGUAUGGGGCCUGAGCUUUUAUUAUUCUCCUGAAGUAAGAUGUGUUAGUUUAUAACCCAUAAAGUUAAGAACUAUUUUAAUGUACAUCAUUGGCUUUAAUAAAUUUUUAAUUUCGG